CAUCUAGUGAAGCCAGCCAUGGCGUAGCAAAUGUGAAUGAAGAGGACAAUUAUGACACCAGGAUAGAAGAAGCCCUGACAAAUUUUGAAUCUAUGGGAUCACGGUUUAGCAGCUGGGAGAAAAUGAAGCAGCUUAUAGAGGACGACAAGGUGACUGUUCCAGAAUCACCUCCUGCUCAGCCACAACCAGAACAAUGUUGUGCCUCAGUCUCACAGCUCCUGGAGCAAUCAGGAACCUAUCGCAGAAACCUGAGAGCCCAACUGGAGGUUAUUUCCUGCCGCACCAGAGAGCAGGCUCUUAUUGGUUACAUGGAGCAGCAUAUGACUUUAUAUGGGUUCCAGUCCCGCAAUGAGCUAAAAGUGCAUGAGCAGACAUAUCAAUGGCAGGUGGAUGAAAAAGUAUCAGACUUCUUCCUGCGAAUGCUUGCAGGUUAUGGCGUCAAGAUCGGCUACAUUUUGGAGUAUUUCUACCAGCACAAAAACUGGGAUGCUAUCAACGUUAUUUUACAAGUACACACAGACUGCCCGUAUUGUGAAAUGUUUAGAAUGCAAUGUGAGUUGUUUGCAUGUGGCUGA